GCUGUCUUGUAGGCACAAGUCUUCAACUAAGGUUGUUUUCCUAUGAAACUUACAGCUCUCGACCUGCUGAACAAUCAUAACGUGCAAGUUAUCAUAGGCCCACAAAAAUCUUCGCAAGCUUCAUUUGUAUCAGAUCUCGGGAACAAGACUCGGGUCCCUGUCAUAUCCUUCACAGCUACAAGCCCGUCCAUUUCCACUGGCAGUUUUCCAUAUUUUGUUCGUGCAACAUUGAGUGACUCUGCACAAGUGAAUGGCAUUGCCUCCUUAAUCAAAGCCUAUGGGUGGAGACGAGUUGUGCCUAUUUAUGAAGAUACUGACUAUGGUAAGGGUAUCAUUCCAUAUCUCAUUGAUGCACUCCAAGAAAUUGAUACCCAUGUUCCCUAUCGAAGUGUGAUCCCUCUGUCAGCAUCGAGUGAACAGAUCACUCUGGAACUCUAUAAGUUGAUGACAAUGCAAACUAGGGUCUUCCUUGUACAUAUGUCGUCUGCUUUGGCCUCAAAAGUAUUCACAAAGGCGAAACAGGUUGGUAUGAUGAACAAAGGAUUUGUAUGGAUCAUGACAGAUGGAAUAACCAAUAUCAUAGACUCACUGAACUCUUCAGUUGUGGAAGCAAUGGAUGGUGCCUUGGGCAUCAAGUUUUAUGUUCCUAAAUCAGAAGAACUUGAAAGGUUCACUGUAAAAUGGAACAGAAAAUUCCAAAAAGAUAAUCCAAAUGAUCCACCAUUGAAACUAAGCAUAUUUGGACUCUGGGGCUAUGACACUAUAUGGGCGGUAGCUCAAGCAGUCGAAAUGGUUUGGAUAAAUAAUAGAACAUCAUUCCAAAAACCAGCAGUUCCCAGAAUCUCAACAAGCAUGGAUAUCUUGGGAACUUCUGCAAAUGGACCAGAACUCUUAAAGACCAUCUUGCAAAACAAAUUUAGAGGUUUAAGUGGCUACUUUAACCUUUCAGACAGGCAGCUGCGAGUCUCUACAUUUCAAAUAAUAAAUGUUAUUGGUAAGGAGUGGAGGAAAAUUGGAUUCUGGACAUCAGAAAAUGAAAUUUCACAGCAGUUAAACCAUGGCAAAGCAGAUUAUCAAAACCAGUCAAUUUCUGAUCUAAACAGUGUAAUUUGGCCAGGAAAAUCAACAGAGAUACCCAAAGGGUGGGAAAUUCCAGUAAGUGGGAAGAAGCUUCAAGUUGGAGUGCACAGAAGUAUGUGUCCAGAAUUUAUGACAAAUGAAAAGAAUCCUAUCACAGGGACAACUAAAGCAAGCGGUUUUUCAGUUGAUAUUUUUGAAGAGGCAGUAAAAAGACUUCCCUAUGCAUUACCUUAUGAAUAUGUAGCAUUUGACGAUAAUAAUGACACAGGGCGUUCAGGCUAUAAUGAUUUUGUUUAUCAAGUUUAUCUCAAGGUAAAAAGAACAUAGGAUUUCAGCAUUCAGCUUCCAGAUUUUAAAUAAACACUGAUUUAUAUGCUACAACAUUUGCUACUUGGGAGAUAUGUUAAACAAGACCUGUACAUAAUUCCUGAUUUCUCCAUAAUCAAGACCUGUACAUAAUUGCUGAUUUCUCCAUAGUCAAGACCUGUACACAAUUCCUGAUUCCUAGAUAGUUUGAUACUUUGUUUUGGUU